AUGUCAAAAAAUUCGUUUAGUUUCCCGUAUGAUCCUUACGGAAUCCAAAUCAAUUUCAUGGAUGAUAUGCAAAAGUGUUUUGAUAUUGGAGGGGUGGGAAUAUUCGAAAGUCCUACAGGCACGGGGAAGUCACUCAGUCUCAUAUGCGGCAGUCUUACUUGGCUAACUAAACAUAGAAAAAACAUGGCAAAACAACGUGACGCUCUCGCCCAAGAAAUUUUCAAACGUGAACAAGAAAAACAGACUGACUGGGUGUCUCAGCACCACCUGGUGUCCUCUCUUAAACGAAGAAGAGACGAGAUUGAAGAUAGUCUCCAUCAAAUUUCACUUCUCAAAGAUAAAGAACUAGCACUCGACAAACCAAACAUUCUUCGCGUGUUUUACUGUUCUCGCACACAUUCUCAACUUACCCAAUUUAUCGACCAGUUUAAAAUGACCGACUUUUCUGGAGAAUUCCGAUUAGUAACAGUUGCUUCCAGACAACAACUAUGUUUAAAUGAAGAGAUUCGAAAUCUACCCUCGCUGAACAGACGUUGUAUAGAAAUAAUCAAAAACAAGACUUGUCCUUAUUACAAAGCUUCAAAAAGUGAUCUUUUAACUGAGAAAAUCUGUUCUCGACCAUUAGAUGUAGAAGAUAUGUUCAAAGCCGGAAAAGAGACAGGCGCAUGCCCAUUUUAUGCUGCCAGAGAAAGUGUGGAUUAUGCAGAAUUAUUGGUUGUUCCGUAUUCUAUUCUUUUACAUGAACAAACACGUCUAAGCUAUAAUUUAGACUUAUCGGGUCAAAUAGUAAUCAUAGACGAGGCACAUAAUUUGAUGGAGGCGAUAAGUUCGAUUUACAGUGCUGAAAUUCCCCUAUCAACUGCUCUUUGUUAUUCUGAGAUGCUGGGAAUAUAUAAUUCAAAAUACUCGAAUAAGUUAUCUUCUUCGAAUGUACUAUCUAUUAAAAAGAUCAUAUUUUUCGUUGACCGUCUGAUUGCUUUUAUGAAGAAAAUGGACCAUAAACAGGCAUGCUUUACUCUUUCUGAUUUUAUGUACCAAUCAGGCCUGGUUGAUGUGCGUGUGGCACAUUUGGCUACUUUUUUGGAACACUCAUUACUCACAAGGAAAUUGAGUGUCUCUAAAGGGGAAGAUAUGGACUGUGUUGAUAAGUUCGUUGACUGUAUUGCUUAUUACGACUCGUUUGAAGACGGGAGAAUUAUUCUGAGUACCACCCCCGUUGUCUCUAUUAAAUAUAUUCUGCUUAAUCCAGCCGCCCGUUUUAUUGAACUCGCCACAAAAGCACACUCUCUUGUAUUCGCUGGAGGGACGUUAAGACCAUAUGAUGAAAUUAAGGAACUGAUUUCUCUUCAUACGAACAAGAAAUUAAUUGAACACUGCAGUUCUCAUGUCAGUGACUCCCAAAACAGCCUCCUUCUUGCAGUUGGGAUUGGUCCUGGAGGAAUGGAAAUAAAACUUAAUUAUUCAGCUCAAAAAAACGAUUCCCACGUCAGACAAGUCUGUAGUGCAUUGGUUAAUUUGUCACGAGUUGUGCCUCGUGGGGGAAUCGUAUGCUUUUUCCCCUCUUAUGAGUUUGAGGAGCGGUGUCAUGCUGUGAUCAAACAACAGUUUGGGGAUUUUCUACGUAAGAAAAGAAAGCUCUUUCGAGAGCCUAAAAUUUCUUGCCAAGUUGACCAAGUGCUUCGAGAUUAUGGGAUUUCUCCGAGCGAAAGUAUUUUGUUUUGUGUUAUUGGCGGGAAACUGAGUGAGGGAAUAAAUUUUCGCGAUGAUUUGUGUCGACUGGUGGUGGUUGUUGGUGUUCCUUUCCCCAAUGUAAUGACUGAGGAAUGGAAGGCUAAAAUGGACUAUAUAAAGAACAAGGAUAACAGUGAUAGGAUUACUUGCAUGCGUGCAGUUAAUCAGAGUAUAGGACGGGCCAUUCGACACAAAAACGACUUUGCUGCAAUUGUCCUUUUGGAUUCUCGAUAUGGAAAUUCUUCUCUCUCGGAUUAUUUACCUUCCUGGCUUAUGAGAAACCAUUGUAUUGCUACCAGUUUUCCUCACGCAUUGACUGCUCUUCGUAAUUUUUUUAUUCUCCAUAAAGAUUCUUAUUGA